AUGGCUGGGCCGCAUAGAACGCCAAACUACCCGCACGAAGAAUGCACUGCACGCGUCGUCUGGGCAGCUCAUAUCCUCUUUUAUCUCAAAGACAACCAAAACCACGAGAAGCUACACGAAGCCGAGAAGAACGUGGAAUGCGGCAGCAAUACAGAUGAGUCGAGCGAUUGUGAGACAGACUACGAGACAGAGAAGAAUGUGAUUCUGUCAGGGCCUCGACAUUCCGUUCGCCAGAAAUUCCUGGACUGUAUUGCGCAGCUGCUGUCGCCGUGCAAGGGAUGGGAUGGGGUUACCGCAACGGCGAUACGCGAAGGGGAAGACGGAGUCGAGGUAGAUAUUGCAAGGAACGAUGGCUUUCUUUCUGAUGAAGAUUGCUUGGACGGUGAAAUCAUGGGUUACUGCGAGAUGUUGGAGGGAUAUCUGGCUGGUAGUGCUGGAGCUGGGACAGGGAGGAACACAACUGCAACUUCGUUAACGGAAUUCGAGCUCAAGAUGAUAGACUAUACGUCCCGUCGGAUCGAUCAUUGGAUUGAAAUUCUCCGUCAAACCCUAGAAAUUGCCCAUAAUUGUCCUGACUGGAACUCUCAGCAAUGGCUUGGGCAGGAGGCUGCCUUUAAGACUUGGACGACCAUGACGGAUCUUAUACUACAAUUUGAUGCCGAUGACGAAAUCGUCAAAUCCAGGCCCCUGAUAUUGUUUUCGAACAUCUUUGGGACCAAGGCUGGCUUGAAGCUCUGGGGCGAGUUGAACUUCGUCGCCAGGCCGCUGGUCGACUGCCGGUUAUUGGGAUCAAUAGCUGCCCGAGAGCCACAGUUGCGAAAUUCCAAGAUUUCAUUAGUUCUUUCCAAAUCGAAGACAACAUUGGAAGCCAAAGACGUGGUUGGAAUAUUCGAGGCGUGGGAACGACUAGGGCUGGGCUCCACUCCUGAACCCGUGAUCCGAAUGCUCCAUCCCUUUAGCCAAAGGUUUGGAAUGGCCUGUGCAGAGAAAAUUUCUCUACAUGCUGAGAUGCAGCUAGUGAUGCACUACGAGAAGAGCUGUGCACCUCGGCCUACUCUAGACUACUUUGGAUGCAGCAAAAGGACUUGCUUGCUCUGUGAAACCUUUCUUGGCGCGUUGCCAAGCUCAAUUGCCACACGUGGAAGGCAUGGUGUUUGUUAUCCUGCCUGGGGCGUACCAAGCUCGAAUUCAGGUGCCAUAAAGGUUGCCGUCGAACGGUUAGAGAAGAGCCUUUUAGCUCGCAUCCGAGGGAUUCUCAACGAUUUGAUGCACCCUAGGCAGAAAAGCCUCGCUGCGAAUGUCAUGCAAUCCGGCAUGGUGUCGGAUUUUUCGCAUCUUACCAUUGAAGAAUGGCAGCAGAGAGAACAGGAUGUGCAGCGGUUUAAGAAUAAACAGACAAUCCAGCAUAAUGAUCUGCUGAUUAUCCUUCUCUGCGAACAGUUCGCUAUUCAGCCCGAUAGACCCUCUCCGGAACACAAGCGGGCCGUAUUCUUCCCAGUUGAGAGAGACAAGCCAUGUUUGAUAUGGAUUCCAUGCAGACGCCAAUACGAUGAGGAGGACGGCAUCGGAUGGACACAGAUUGAUCCUUAUCCCUACCUUGGAACCGAUAAACCGUUCAAAGGGACCAUGCGCAUUGAACAUAACCCAGUUCGAUGUCGAAACCUGGGCUCUGGGUUUGCGAGCUUUGCUCCGUACCAGGAAGGAUACUGUGUCUCUUUGAUACAUCGCGACACCUAUAUGAAGGACGGGUCAGCCACAAAUAGAAGUAUAUUAGCUUCUGUGAGGGCAUCCUGCACCUCUACCAUCCCACAUGAAUAUCGCGGGCCCAUGAUUGCCCUGCGAGAAAUUCGCCACGAAGACUAUGCCGAUAUAACACUAGCUGACUUCCGACAUCUAAUGGAUUACUUGAUAAGCUACCGAAACACGCAUGUCAGAGAAAGUGUCCCAGAUCUGCUACACCGCGCCCCAACAACCUUCCGCGGCGUGAAGAUUUGCUGUCACGGCGAAGUAAAGUUUCAUGGGUCAGAGCUCUUCGUUUCCGUCGACGUCACUCGAGCAAACCAGAUCUCCCUGGGCAGUGGAUCUAUCUCACCGAUAUCUGUCUGCCUCGGUAUGCCUAUACGGUUCUGGAAGGACCUAGAUGCUGAGUUUCGCCAUAACCCGCCAGGAUGGGAGGGGGGCAUGACGGCAGACAGCAAUCCUAAUGUUGCGUUCUUGAUGAUGGAAACUGAUUCUUCCAAAGACGAGUGGGGCUGGGCGCCUAUGUACUGGAAUAGCCAGAUAGGGAAUGUCUGGGCUGUUCGUGAAGACGGGCGGGAUCUGGCUGUGAAAGAUGUCGCAAUGAUGUGCCAUUUUGCGAGGCGCAAACUACAGCGUAUGUUUGAAGACGUGAUGGAAUCGGGUUCGGGCUUAGUGAGUAGGCAGAGGGUUUUGGAUUUCAUUACUUGGGAUAAUAUGAUUACUCAUUGGGAUGAGACUGGUGGGUAUUAG